AUGACACCAUUUGAAGCAUUAUAUGGACGAAGAUGUAGGUCACCUAUUGGCUGGCUAGAGGUAGGAGAAAGGAAACUUUUGGGGCUUGAGUUGGUGCAGGACGCCACUGAGAAAAUACAUAUGAUUCGACAGCAGAUGUUGUCAGCACAAAGUAGACAAAAGUCAUAUGUUGAUAAUAGAUGGAGAGACUUAGAGUUUCAAGUGGGAGAUCACGUAUUCUCGAAGGUCUCACCAAUUAAAGGGGUAAUGAGGCUUGGCAAGAAAGGAAAAUUAAGCCCUCGGUAUAUAAGAGCCUUCGAGAUCUUAGAAAGGGUUGGAGCGGUGGCUUAUCAUUUGGCACUAUCACCAGACCUCUUGAAUAUUCACCCCGUGUUUCAUGUGUCCAUGCUUAGGAAGUACAGCCUGGAUCCAUCACAUGUAAUACAGUAUGAGACCUUCCAGCUAAAAGAUGAUUUGACCUAUGAGAAGCAACCAGUAGCUAUCCUUGAUAGGCAAGUUAAAAGCUCCAUUUGA